AUGCCACAUUUUAGUGUAAAUAAAAUGCUAGAGCAUACACGCGCGCCAAUACAUACAGUCAGCGUCAUAUUUCUACCGAUCUUUAGCGUGGUUCCUAUUGGCCCGGGCAGCUGUACGGCUUCAUCUGGGGAGCAUGGCACCUGUAUACCAAGCAAGGAUUGCGUGCUGCGCGCAGGAAUACCAGCAGGACCUUGCGCUGGUGGCUAUGGGCUGUGCUGUGUUUUUCUACAAACAUGCGGCGGCAUUAUACGUCAGAACUCCACCUACUUCGUCAAUCCAAAUCAUCCGGAUGUGUAUGAUGGCACUGGAAGCUGUCAGGUGACAGUGCAAAAGAUACAUCCAGAUGUUUGCCAGCUGAGACUCGAUUUGGAUAUGUUCUCCGUUGCGCCACCCGAGUCACUGAAUCACGUCUGCAAUCAGGAUCAACUGCUCAUCUCUGGCGGCAGUCCAAUUCCCACAAUUUGUGGCUCUUCGGCUGGCGACCAUAUGUAUAUAGACGCAGGGCUGGGACAAAGCAACGCCAUCGUGCUCUCCGUCAUUACGAGUGGCACAUUUUCGCGUCUCUGGCGCAUUCGUGUGACCCAAAUCCAUUGCGGUAGUUUGAGUCGCGCCGAUCAUGGCUGCUUGCAAUACUUCACCGGCAUUAGUGGGCGUGUGCGCAGUUUCAACUUCAACACCGUAACUGGGCGACAGCUCUCCAAUCAGGACUACAGUAUUUGCAUACGCGCAGAGCGCAACUUUUGCAGCAUACAAUACAACGCUUGUCCCGAUACUGAGAACAAUCGCUCGCGUUCAUUCACUAUCUCAGGGAACUCAAACAAUCCCACCGGUUCCAUGGUGGGUGGCGGCACGCAAGUGACACAGAAUACCUGCAUCAACGAUUGGCUGUUGAUCGGUUGUAUGCGCUCGGUGGAUCGCAUACCGCAGUUGGCCGCUUGUGAAGAUCGCGUGUGUGGUGGCACCUUUAGCGCCGAAGUGGGCACCAUUCAACGAACUGUGCAAUCGAGCGUGCGUCCAUUUCGUUUGUAUUUCCAUACGGAUGGGGUAGAGGCGCCAACGGAUGUGGACAAUCGGGGCUUUUGUUUGGAUUUCGUGCAGCAGCCAUGCACAAAUGGGUUUUAGGGUUUAGUUUGGGAAUGUUUGUGUUAUUUGUAUCCUACGUAGUUAAGUUGUUUUGUA